GACAUUUGCAGUAAUUAACUGAAAGCAAAAGGAAUAAUCGUGCUGGAUGUAGUGUUACGUCAAUAAACUUAUGUGUUUAUAAUUAAUAAUCUUAAUAAUUUCUUAACAAAGACUAUUUAGAAUAUAGUGUUCCUAUGGUUAGGUAGUGUUUAAUUAAACAUGAAUAAAGAUGAUUUUGAUCUAUUGCAUAAGUUCAAAAGGGAACAAAUAAACAAUGCCGCUAUAGAUUUUUAUCACGGACUUGGAAAUAGAUCACUUGGGUUUGUAAAUAAAAAUGUCGGAUCUAAAGAGAGUCUUGAACUCUUCGCCGAAGAGGAAUUUGUUAGAAAAAAAGAUUUUAGCGAAAUGCGAUGUGAAAUGCCAGGUAUACCAAAAUCCACAUUCUUGAUGGCGUUUAGUCCCGAUGGGACAAAGGUAGCUUCAACUCAUGGUAAUCAUAAUAUAUACAUUACAGACUUGAGAAAUGGUAGGAAUAUAAAAACUUUAGUUGGACAUCCGAGGACUCCUUGGUGUAUAGCAUUCCAUCCUACUUCAGAUCAAAUUGUAGCAUCCGGAUGUCUUGGAGGUCAAGUACGAAUAUGGGAUUUAAGCGGUGGUAGUGAAGUUUGGACAGCUGUAAAUCAAUCGGUGAUAGCAUCAUUAGCUUUCCAUCCGAAUGAUAGGGUUUUAGCUAUAGCUACUUAUAAUUGUGUGUAUUUCUGGGAUUGGAGUCAACCUGAACCUUUCGUAAGCGCAGCAACUUAUAAUGUAAAAGAGAAGGUUCGUUAUGUAGCUUUUGACGCUAUGGGUCAUAAAUUAAUUACCGGUAUAGCUAAUAGUCCCAUGACUAGAUGGGAAAGAGUUAGAGCUCCAGUGCCAGUACCAAGACAGGAAUGGUGUGCUAGUCCUUAUAGAAGAAGAAUAACCCAGAGGUUAGCUAACACCAAUCAAAACCAACCAUCGACGACCGAUACUACUGCAAGUUCUAGUAGAGAAUCUCAGUUAAGUUUUCCAGAAAGAGAAAGACGGAUAUCGAUGUGUUAUAGAACUUUAGUUAGGGAAUAUGAACAACUCGUACAUAGAUAUUUACAACUUUACAGAUCACCAACAAUGAUCGAUAGAGGAACUGAUCCAAUGGAACCGGAUCAUUGGUUCAAUAAUAGUGGUACUCAAACUACUGAACCUCAACCAAAUACAAGUGAUACUACACAAUCUAGUACCACUAAUACCAACGAUUCUAAUCAAAAUCAACCAACUACUAGUGCGGUGGAUAGGGUUUUAGAAGAAACGUUACCCAGUAGUUCAAACGUACCACAAAACAACAACACAGAUCAGGAAAAACCCAGUUGUUCGUCUCAAUCGCCCCAAAAAUCCGCUCACAAUCUACUAACGCCCAGUAGGAUAUUUUCAGUGAUCAAAAAACCAAAUACGUUAAUUCGAGGUACUCAAACUUCGGAAUCUCGUAAACAUAAGACUGAAGAUUCGGAGCAACCGAAAGAGAAAAGGCUGAAAAAAAAUAAUGGGGAUAAAAGGAAGUCGUCGAAAGGUAGUAAAGAUGGUAAAACGAAUUCUACACAAACCGAACAGACAGCUACAGUUAGAAAAAUAGUUACUAUAAGUACAGACAAGAAUACAACUAGUGGUUGUGGGGAUAACAGUUCGUCUAGUAGCAGUUCUUCAGAAUUCAGAAUAAGAUCUAAUAAAGACGAAGAACCUGGACCGAGCGGUUUUAGAAGACAAGAGGGUACCGAAACUGAAGAAGAAAUUAAUAUGGAACCCAGUACUUCGAGAAAUUCAUUACCCAGUACCAGCAGGGAAAGUUCUUCUAGACGAGGGGACAGUUCAAAUCAAGCCAACGUCGACGAAUUGCUUUCUAGUAUUAAAAGGACCGCUGAAGAGGAAGUUAGAAAUAGGAUAUUACCGAUAAUUAGAUCCUUACCAGCAACUGAUCGACCAGAAUUAAUAAGAUUAUUCGAAAACAGCCGCGAACACGUGAGGAUGCGUUUCAAACAGAUGUACCCGAACUUUUUGAGAAAAACCAACAGGCGUCAUCUGAAUCAUGUCGAUACCACUUCGGACAGUAGUAGUUCCGAAGAAGAAAUGAAUUCUCAUUCCCCGGGGAUCCGUCGGAGCUCCAACAACAGUUCUCAACAACGCGAAACCAGUAACGAAGCCAGUACCAGUAGUUCUCAUCCUUGUAGCGCUCUAGCAAGACUGAUAGUAUUAUUGACGGAUAUAGAUGAUAACGGAACCGAUAGAGAAGCUCAAACUUCCAGAGAUAGAGAAAAUUCUUCGGAACAAGGGAACAAUUUAAAUCAGAACGAACCUACCGAUAAUUCGGAUACCGUGAAUACGCCAACAACCCUUACGGAAAAUCCCGAACAAAAUCAGGGUCCGAGAGUUUUGAGGAAUUUUAUGGAGGAAUGGACGUCGGACGAUGUCGAUACUUCGGUAAGGGAUACAUCGUUCCUGCCUCCGGUUACAAUUGGUAAUACGAGUACUAGAACCACUAAUUCCACUAUAUACACUUCGAAUUCGAACGCUGCAGCGGCGUCUGCGACACCGCCGCCUAGAAGGAGGUUUUUUUCGCAUAGGAUAUCGGCUUUUAUGCCGACAAGGGUUAAUUAUAUAAGACACAGGAGGAUGCCGCAUUAUUUGUGGAGCAGAAACAGGUUCAAUACAAGAUCAUUCAAUUCCUCGACAUUCGGAGUCGAUGAAUUGUUCAAUUACUCAGAAUUGGACAAUUCGGAAGACGAUCCACCUCCUCCACCACCGCCGCCAGACGCGGAUCAUCCGGAAAUACCGACCAACGCUUGCGCCGCCUCCCUCAGCGAAAUCGUAAGAGAAUUAGAAUCCAGCCUUGAAAAUGUCGUCAGAAUGGGGGUUAGUACCAGACCCGGAGACAAUUCCAACAUAUUAAGUAACUUAUCGGAAAGAUUAGAUAACAUCUUAACCCAAUCGGAUACUCUAUUAAGAAACAUCACCAAUACCAUGGACGUACUUAAUUCCACUACGAUACCGGGUCGAUACGGUCCAUCAGAGACUAAUCCGACGCCAAAUUGGGAUUAUUUCGAUUCGAAUUUCUACAUAAGGGAUCACAGGUCCGAUAAUCUAUCGCCGGAUUCGAAUAACGCUGAUAGCGUUAACCUUUUAGAUAUAUUUAGUCCGAGACCGAAUUUUAACGCCGUCGCUUCGGAUCAUACUUAUCCGAGAAAUCCGGAAGACGCUCACCAUUCGUCCCAGAUGGGGGGAGAAUCGGGACCGCCUUUGAGGGUUACCAUUCAUCUUACCAUUAUGCAUAUACAGCGACAAGCUCGCUUGUUGAGGCAACAGAUCGAAGAUAUAGAACGUAUCGACCGCGCCAUGUUAGAAGUGGAACAACUCCAAUUGAUCCGGCGAUUGAUCGUCGGCUUGAUAUUGCAUUUCAGAAAUUUGGAAGAAUCGUCGAAUACGGAAAACAACCAACGUAGUACCGGUACCGGUUUAUCGGGCGUACGUGAAAUGAUGGCCGGUACCAGGAUAAGCGAUAACGGUCCUCGAGAAACGAAUACAGAAGAACCGUCGAACAUGUCGAAUUGGAGAUUCAGAGACGUCGGCGGUAGCGGAGAUCAUCCCGGUAACGAUUUAUCGAAUCGGCAACGAUCCGAACCGGGUACUUCGGGAACCGAAACGACGCAUAAUAGACCGCCGACGAGAAAUAGCGGUAGAAAAACUUAUCCCCCAUCGAGGAUGUGUCGUUUGGCUAGACAAUUUCGUAGACCGUCGGUAUUACGAUUUUUUCUUCGUCCUUAUUCGAACAGACAGAAUAGACAGAAUCGGAAUGCUUCUUCAAGACCGACUCCUACUACUACUUCUUCUUCUUCUUCUUCUAGUUCAUCGAAUAAUCAAGAUUCUUCGGGAAAUCGUUACGAUUUACCCAGUUUUCCGGUUAUUAAUACCAAUACGAUGGACAUUAUGACGAGGAGAUUGGAAAGAUUUUUAACCGAAGAAGUAGCUUCGUUUACUACCUUCGGACAACCUAGACCGAGUAACCGACCCAUGGCUACCAUAGAUUUGGGCGAACACAUAUUAUCGUUGAGAUUACACGCCUGCGUGCUCAGAAUGGAUAGAAUAUUAGCUCGAGGAAACGCAUCAGGACGGGGGGUCGGUUCUAUAGGUCCCCUUCAAGUGGAUCCCACGGCGGCGGUAACGCGCGACGGUCUGUCCAGAUACAACGCCAGAUAUACUUUGAGUCUAAUUAUUGAUAGUAUGAGUCGACACGCAGAAGACAUCGGAUAUUCUCCAAUACCUCAAGAUUCACAGAUACCGGGUAUAUUGGCAAUGUCCCACCUUCUAUCAGAAUUAAUGUUAUUAGUUGUCGUCGAUUCGAUACCGCCACCUACAGGAUUAAAUUUGGUCCACGAAAGGGUACACGCCACCGCCAGAUUAGACAGAUUGUGUUCUCAAAUGUUACAAACAAGGCAAUACACUUAUUCCCAACAAUUAACCAGAAACCUUAGGUUAAUGAAAAUGACAAUGAGACACGCGCAGAUCGCCCUAAGCCAAACUUAUCACGCCAGAAGGAACAGUCUGAUGCCAAGACACGGUACCGAUAGAAGAAUGCUACUGGGAUCUAUAAAUAGGGGCUUGAGAACGAUCAGGAGACACCGUUUAACCGAAAAUGUUUCAAACCAAGAUUCCACUUCGAAUAAUACCGAAUGGUUAUCUUCUAUAUCAAAUCUUAUAGCACAAAUAUCGACAAGAACUAACGAAGAAGAAACAUCGACGGAUAAUCCUCAACCGUCAACGUCUAGAUCUUUUCAAAAUCCAAUAAACGACGCUUCCAGUAAUAACGAUAACAGCGACGACGACGACGAAGACGCCGAUAUAUAUAAUACGGGAGGAAGUAAUUUGUAUAGAACCAACAAUAUCAACCUUUCACCGGCUUUGGAACAAACGGUUUCCGCUAAUGUAUCCGUAUCACCACCGGUAACUUCGUAUUCGAGACCUUGGAACGUACCUUUGGUAGCCGUUAACGACGUACCGGUAUCGGAACCGUCGUCGACGUUCGCUCAACGUCUCAUCAAUCAACGUGCCCGUUUCGCCGAACGCGUAUCCGAAUUGCGUUCGAAUCCUCAAAUGGGUCUGUUCAGACCGAGAUUCCUUCAUCCGCUUUACGCGAGCGUUAAUCCAUUCGACGCCGAUUUGGACGAUCCGCAAAGGGAACAGAUCUACGAUAGCGAUAUGGUUACAACGGUUACGCCGAAUCACAGGCUACAAGCGUGGAAUGUAUCCGAUUGGAGCGUACCGAAUAUAGGCAGUCCUACAAGAAAUUUGAUAGUAGGCGAAUGUAAAAUUCAUAACGACGCCAGCGUCGAUAUAGCCAAAGACGGAACGAUUUUAGUGACCCUAUUACCUUCAGGUGGAUAUUUAAAUGUUACAAAUCGAUUAGGUGUUUAUAGUUUGAAAUGGGAAACGCUCGGUCAAUGUCUUUAUACCACCAGUUUCGAACAGAACGCCGUUUCGGUAUCGCUCUCUCCUCUCAGUCGCCAUCUGGUGGUCGGUUUGGCGUCGAGGAUCGUACCAAACGACCGUUGGAUAAUGGCCAGAAUAUUUAAGAUCCAUCAAAAAGACGAACCGGGCGAUAGAUUACCGGUUAUUAGGGAAUUAGAACAGAAUAGAGAUAGUAGAAUAAAUUGUAUAAGAUGGUUACCGAUAUCCGGACAGGGAUUGAUUUACGCCACUAAUACCGGUCAAUUGGUAGUUUUGACUUGAAUACUAUAUCGAUUCAGUGAUUAAUUGACAAGAGGAAAUUGGUUUUAAAACUGUAUGAAAUCGUUUAUAGGCGUUUACGUAGUAUCCUUAUCGCCACGUCUAACCGCAGAUUGCGAUAACGACAAAAUUGACGGGAUGUGAUAUAUUUUGUUAAUAAUUGUAUGGUAGGGCAUAUUGUAUUGUUGAUAACCGAACAAACGACAUUAGGGCAUUGACAUAUAACUUUGUUAAUAAUGGCAACCAGUUUUUUUGAAAUUUUUCAUUCGCCACCCGGUUAUUACUAACAAAGUGUUAUAUGUAAAUGCUCUAAUGUCGCUUGUUCGGUUAUCAACAAUACAAUAUGCCCUAUAAUGUAAUUAUUAAUAAAAUAUAUCACACCCCGUAUAUAUAUUUCGAUAUUGCCGUUAUCGCCUUCCAAAACACGUACGUUACACCCCGUCGAUGUUGCCGUUAUCGCCUUACCAAACACCUUUUCGCAUUUUUUUAUCACACCCUUUCAAUUUUGUCGUUUUCGCAAUCUGCGGUUAGACGUGGCAAUAAGGAUAAUUGAAAUUUAUAGUAGUUAUUAAAAGCUGCAAAUGAUUAUUCAAAUUUAAUUAAAUUCAGUUUGGUAAACCGAAAAAUCAUGACCAAUUUAAUCAAGUAUUUGACUAAUUAAGUCAUUUUUUUCUUAAUAUUGUAUCAAAAAGUUAUAUACGGUACCAAACAGUUUUCAAACUCAAAAAAUUUUCAAUUACGAUAUGAAUUUCAGUCUAAUACACUUUCGAAGUGAGUAAAAUGCCAAAUAAUUCAAUUAGAAUGUAUUUGGAAGGUAUCGGGUGAGAGUAUUUUAUCACUUUUUUUUCGAAUUAUUUCAUCUAAAUUUGAAAUUGAUCCAAAUUUUCGUUAAUAUAAAUUUUUUUGUACUUAUCAACCAUGGAAGCGUACCUGAAUAAAAAUCAAUUAAUUCCUAAAUUUUUCCACCAAUAAUAUUUAUUUGAUGUCCCUCGUAGUAGCUUAUGAAAAAAAAAAUGCUCCACCUUUAUUAUUAUUUAUUGUAAGUACGUUAUAAAAAUAUAACACUCUGUAUAAGGUGAUAUAAGUAUCUAGUGAUUUGAUUGGAUACGGUAAAACUAUGUAUUUUCAUUUUUUUUUUUUUUUUAUUUAAAUUCCAUCGAUUAUUUUAACGAAAUUAUGAGACGCCCUUUAUAACAUAAUGAGAUUUCAAUUUUUUCUAUUGUAAAUCAAAUGAAGUGAGUCAAAAUUUUGUGUUAAACUUAAAUUUUCAUUAACGGAAGUACUAAUUUCACCGUAUCAAUUCAUAAUUAAUUUAAUUUUUUUUUAUAUGAUAUUAUUGACUGUUUUCAAACUUUUUCACAGAUUUUCCAAUACCGAAUUUAGUUUUUGUUAUAGUAAACAAAUUAUGAAAAUAUUUGAGGAAAAUCUGUGAAAGGGGGGCUUUGAUGCAAUAUUUUUAGUACUUUUUUCCUUUGAACUGAAUCUUGUGUGCUUGUGAAGUAUGUAAUUUUUCAAAAGAAUUGUUAUAGUGCAUAUUUGUAUAUAUAUAUAUAUUCAAUAAAUAUUUAAGUUAGAA